CUCUCUACUAUAUCUCGCUUUCGCCGAGCUUCGAGCGCCCCGCCGCAACCCGUCCCGCCUGCAUUCUAGUUCGACCGUCCACGUUGUCAACUGUGAAUAGUCUUUCACUCAGCGUAAACAUAACACAGAGCCCGAUAUUAUCAAGUAAAUAUUAUUAUUAACUUUUUCUAAGUCCAUUUCGAAAUUACAAUGCGUAAGAUAAGGUCUGGUGUUAAAUAGUGACGCGGUGGACAUUCAAUAAGUGUUGAUAUCGUCGCGAGGUCAAAGACUGCUACAAAACUGUAUAACUUUAGUGUCGUAUUCCCAGUGAGAUGUUGGGGGAGAGUUUUGGUUGACAGAUUGACUGUUUUCGUCUGCUCGGACUUAUUGCGAAUGUGUAUUGAAACGUUCAUCGCUAUCCACGGGCGCACUGCUAUGCGCCACGACUUGGUACAUUUUAUUCGACACACAUCUUCUGACCACUACUGCGAAGGAACACUUUAGUUAUUCGAGCUGAUCGCUAUUAAUGGCGUUGCUUUGCAUCCGUGGCGACUGGUACCUGUAUAUUUGGCUAAUAUACUGCAAGAUCUAUUCGGCUGUCGUAUGGCUUGUCGGUAAUCAUUGCCGCGGAGCUGAUAAGCGGUCCGUGAUAACUGCAAAAGCCGGCCAGUCGUCUACAGGCCUCCACAGAGUACGCACGCGUCGUAAGAGAUCGCAGCACCAUCGUGUCAAACACGUAGUCGCGUUAGUGAGGAGACCGUCUUUGAGGCGAAUCGUCAUGGCACCAGGAGCGAGCACCGCGCACACCAUGAUGGAAGAUAAGGAGAAGGCACUGCACGGCGCCUUGGCCACAGUAUCGAUGCGUUCCAGACGCAUUAGCCAGUUCGCACCACUACUUAUCGCGCUGGUGGGACUGCCGGCGCGAGGAAAGAGCCAGCUGGCGCACCGACUCUCCAGGCACCUCAACUGGAAUGGAGAGAGCACUAAAGUAUUCGACUGCAGCGAAUAUCGUCGCAAGCACAUGGCUUUGUACGGCAGUCAUGACAUCUUCCGUGCGGACAAUCAGCAGGGUUCCGCCAUCCGCCGGCAGAGCGCGCGCGAGGCGGUACAGGAUGCUGUGCUUUGGCUCAAAGAAGGGAACAGUGUUGCUAUAUUCGAUGGCACGAACAUAACACGUGAGCAGCGUCGCGAGCUGGACGAAUACUGCCAGACUGACAUGGGCUUCAGGAUCCUCUUCAUCGAGUGCGUCUGCGAGGAUCAAGAGUUGCUGGAGAGGAACAUCAUUGAGAUCCUGCAUUACUCAGCCGAUUACAAGAGUAUGAGUGAAGAGGAAGCAGUCGAUGAUCUGCGGAAGAAAUUGGAACACUACAUGAGGCAGUAUGAACCUAUAGAUGGGAAUCUAGAAACUAUUAGCUUUGUGAGAGUUGAGAAUAUGGGGGAGACGGUGACAGCGCACAAAGUGAUCGGACAAAAGGAGUCUGGAAUACUUGGAUAUCUGUCUGGAAUGAGAGCUCUGCCGCAGACGUUGUAUUUCACACGGCAUGGUGAGAGCGAGUACAACGUGGUUGGUCGUAUUGGAGGUGACGCGGCGUUGUCAGCACGCGGUCAGUUGUACGCGCGCGCGCUCGCCGAACAUGUUAACGCACUUGCUGGCCGCGAGCCGCUCGCCGUCUGGACAUCAGAAUUGAGGCGCACAAAGCAAACAGCCGCUGACAUACGAGCACCCAAGUACCCAUUGCGAGCACUCAACGAACUGGACGCUGGUAUCUGCGAAGGUCUGACGUAUGAGGAGAUGCAGGAACGCUUCCCGCAGGAGUUUGCCUGGCGUGACCAGGACAAGCUACGAUACCGGUACCCGUGGGGCGAGUCGUACAUCGACAUAAUGACUCGGCUGCGACCCGUGCUCGCCGCGCUUGAAGACGACCACAAUGUUGUAGUGGUCGGCCAUCAGGCGGUGCUGCGCUGCAUGCUCGGAUACUUCCUUGACGCCAAGCUUGAUGAACUGCCGUACAUGAAUGUGCCUCUACACACUAUUGUAAAACUAACAUCUUACGGCUACAAGUACAAAGUGGAGAUGAUAAAGUUACCAAUAGACUGUGUGGACACGCACCGAAAACAGCCCAAGAACUGCUCUAUAAACCGGAGUACAGCUGAAGCGCUAGUUACUGUGCCCUCUCACUACGACACGUUGCCUUCCAACUUAUGGCAGAACUCCACUGAGGCACAACUUUAGGCGUUGGAGCCGCGCCUCAGUGCACGGGGCGCUUGAGUACUACGCCAACAUUACACGAUACAGGGAACGGAAACCCUCUAGUGUGUACAGGCUCUGCAAGCCUAAGUACCCAUAGUGACCUAAGAGGCCCUAUCUAGGUCCUACAGGACAUAGUAAGGCCUUUAAGGACUCAAACUUAGGCCCUAUUAGGCCAGGUCGAAAGCCACGGAUACAUGCAGAAAGGAAUCAGCCAUCUAGCGAUCUGAAGACUCAAUACACAGUUCACGCCCACAGUGAUAAAUGAGUUUUUUUUUA